CCUCUUACAUAAAUACUCAAUACAAGAGAGAUUAGACGGACAAAUCGCUGAACAAUUGUAAAGUCACUGCGGUUGCCAACCAAUUUUGUCUUUGCUCUGUGAAGUCGCUCUUCUUUUCAAGGGACGGGUACUCAGUGUUGGUGGAGAAUAAGAACGCAGUUAACCGGAUCUCCGACAGAUUACUUUGAUCAUCAGAAUUAAUUGCAGGUGUGAAUUCAUGUCUGUGUAUUCUCCCCAAAUAUACUGCCCAGUGUUUGUGCCCAGGAGAGACAUGACUGAGGUAAUGAUCACCAGCACCCCCAUGGAGGACAUGAGGCUCAGCCCCAGCAAGGAUCGUCUCACCUUCCAGAUAUUCCCAGACCCUUCUGACUUUGAGCGCUGCUGUAAGCUGAAGGACCGUCUGCCGUCCAUCGUGGUGGAGCCCACGGAGGGUGAGGUGGAGAGCGGGGAGCUGCGGUGGCCUCCGGAGGAGUUCCUCGUUAGCGAUGGAGAGGAAGAGGAAAGCAACGGCGCAAAUCCAAAUGUACAGCCAGUGCAGAAUACUCAGCAUUAGAAGACCAGCAGCAACUUCCUUCCUCCGCUCUACAUCUGCCCCAUCACACACACACACACACACACACACACACACACACACCAAUGCUGUACAUCACUUCCCUAAUAAACUGACUGCUCACUUUACACUCUUAUUGACUGACACCAAAGCAUAAUUUACUCUAACCAAUUCACACUCCACACCUGCAAACAGGAUUGUGAGACCACAACCCUAAUGUGUUCCUUGAGAACCACAUACAUCCAUCUACACUUUGGUAUGAAGAUGCACACGCUUAAAUCCAGCAUUGUCCACUGAUUGACCACCCCCUUUUUGUUUUACAAUGGAAGUGCAGUCUGACUGAUAGCUGAAGGCCACAUGGAUAGCUCUCUAUGGCUGGUGCCAUAACCCAAGAGACUUCUUGUAUACCCAUAUGUGACUGCUGUAGUGUUGCCCACACAUGCAUUUGUUGUCCAUACCUGUGUGUAGUACAUUAAUUUAAAUGUCAUAUGUAUGACUGAUUGCUGUCAAUGCAUCCCAGUCUGUCAACAGAAGUCAGUGUUUGUGCGCAUGUCAAGGGUUUUUUUUAUUUAGUUUUUUCUUCAUUAUUGUGCAUUGUGAUGAGUAAAGUUUGAAGGGUUUCAGUGACAUGACAAGGAGGCAGUUGGUCAGGCAAGACAGACAGGAAGGAAGGAAGGAAGAAUGCCUUGUGGACAGGAGUAACUGCUUUAACAUGGGGGGUGGAGUAUAGGGUAGAGUAUUGGAACAUAAACAACUUUGAUGUGGUGUUAAUUCCUAACAGCGAUGGUGGCUGUGAUGAAUUGGCGUCAAAGCUGGUUCUGCACUGAAGCACUCGUGUGCUUUUUUUCCCCCCCUUUCUAUCAUCCUUUUCACACUCACAGCCUUAGCAAUGAGAGAACAAGUACAGCUCCUUCAGAUGACAAUUACUGGAUAGAGAGGACCGAAAGGUCGGUGAUGACCAACCAAAGAAAAGGAUGUAGACCUGAUAGAAGGCUGUGUAAAUAUCCAUGUUUUACCUCAGAGACCAAUACCUGAGGCCUUGUAGCGUGUUAUCACUUUGAACUCCCGAUAUUUCACUGGCGGUAGUCUUCCUAAUUUUGAAAUCAGAUGAUGGUGUGUCAAUUACGUGUUUAGGUUGUAUGACAACACAUCAGGAUCAAUGAGCUAGACAGCCAAUGCUUUGUAGCUAACAGUCAUCUAUCUUCUGAUAUUAAAGAAUGUCCCUGUCUUGCAAUAAACGUUUGUCUUGCUUAUAACCCCAGGGAGUUGGUUGCCUGGCUUACUGAUCCUGCUUUAAGAGAUGCCAUUGGGUUUCUAUUGUAUGCAAUUUUGAGGAAAAACUGUUUGUUCAUAUUUUUCAACAUGCCCAACCUGUCUUUUUAUGGAAGUUGUAAAUUGUCACAGGAGUGUUCCUUAUUGAUGAGGUAGUCACUUUUACAUGUGUACAAUUAUUUUUGUUCCAUUUACUGUAUAUAAACUUGUCAGUAGUGUUUCUUUGUAUUGUAGUGUUUUGGAUGGCAUUAGGGCUCUGUACAGAACAUCUCUCUGCUGUCCCUCACUGAUCCUGUGUUGUUUUUGUAAAGCUCAGGGAGAAAAACCGCCGUUAAUCGCUCAUUUUGUUUUGUAUUUACAUCACUUUCUCUGUGAAACGUGCAGAGCUUGUAAAUAAACAUUUGAAUUAGC